AUGACAGAGAGAGGGCAAUGGAAUAACAAAAUGGAGUUUGUCUUGUCGGUGGCUGGAGAGAUUAUUGGAUUGGGGAAUGUGUGGAGGUUUCCGUACCUGUGCUACAAGAAUGGAGGAGGGGCCUUCUUCAUCCCUUACCUGAUCUUCCUCUUCACCUGUGGGAUUCCGGUCUUUUUUCUGGAGACAGCGCUGGGCCAGUACACCAGCCAAGGAGGUGUCACUGCCUGGAGGAAAAUCUGCCCCCUCUUUGAAGGGAUUGGCUAUUCAUCCCAAGUCAUUGUCGUCCUGCUGAACUUUUAUUACAUCGUUGUCCUGGCUUGGGCAUUCUUCUAUCUCUUCAACUCCUUCACCUCUGAUCUGCCCUGGGCUUCUUGCAACCAUACCUGGAACACAGUACAAUGCCUGGAUAAUUACAAAAGUAACAGCACACACAGCACAACAGCAAAUGGCACAUCAAGCGUCAUCGAAUUCUGGGAGAGGCGUGUAUUGAGUAUAUCAGAUGGUAUCGACCACAUUGGAAGUCUGCGCUGGGAGCUGGCAUUGUGUCUCCUUCUUGCCUGGGUCAUCUGCUACUUCUGUAUCUGGAAAGGGGUGAAAUCCACUGGAAAGGUUGUCUAUUUCACGGCCACUUUCCCCUACUUGAUGCUGGUAGUCCUGCUUAUCCGUGGGGUGUCUCUCCCAGGGGCAAUGGAGGGGAUCCAGUUCUACCUGUACCCAGACCUCAGCCGACUUAAGGACCCUCAGGUCUGGAUGGACGCAGGAACUCAAAUUUUCUUUUCGUACGCCAUCUGCCUGGGCUGUCUGACAGCGCUAGGGAGCUACAACAAGUACAACAACAACUGCUACAGGGACUGCAUUGCUCUGUGCUUUCUUAACAGCGGCACUAGUUUUGUGGCAGGUUUUGCAAUCUUCUCCAUUCUGGGUUUCAUGUCACAAGAGCAAGGGGUGCCAAUAUCUGAAGUGGCAGAGUCUGGUCCAGGACUGGCAUUCAUUGCUUACCCCCGUGCCGUCUCCAUGAUGCCAUUCUCUCCUCUGUGGGCCUGUUUUUUCUUUAUCAUGGUCAUUCUGCUGGGACUAGACAGCCAGUUUGUGUGUGUAGAGAGCCUAGUGACCUCCUUGGUAGAUAUGUAUCCCAGCACAUUCCGUAAGAAGAAUCGACGGGAGCUACUGAUCCUGGUGGUCUGCAUUUUCUCCUUCCUCAUUGGACUAGUCAUGCUAACUGAGGGUGGCAUGUAUGUCUUCCAGCUCUUUGACUAUUACGCGGCCAGUGGGAUGUGUCUGCUGUUUGUAGCUAUUUUCGAGACUCUGUGUAUUGCUUGGGUGUAUGGUGCGGAUAACUUCUAUGACAAUGUGGAGCACAUGAUUGGGUACAGGCCUCUGCCCCUCAUUAAGUAUUGCUGGCUGUUUGCUACUCCUGCUGUUUGCCUGGCCACGUUCAUCUUCUCCCUGGUGAAGUACACUCCAUUACAGUAUAAUAAACGCUACACAUACCCAUGGUGGGGAGAUGCUGUCGGCUGGCUUCUGGCAAUUGCCUCCAUGGUUUGCAUCCCGCUGUGGGUUUGCUAUAAAGUCGCAACCAUUAAAGGGCCGUUGGCACAGAGAUUUCGUCAGCUUACCUGUCCGGACCCCGACCUGCCACAAAAGCAGCUGAGAGAUCGACAGACACAAGCAACAACUAUAUCUCCACUGGAAGAGUCCCUGUGCUAG